AUGCAUUUUUUUGGUAAGAAGGAGGAUGCGAUGGCAUAUUUGAGGACGAGGUUUGUUAAUGCGCAUGAUGUGAAUAAGAUUAUGGUUGAGCAUCAAAUCUCGUUGAAAAGAGGAGAGUAUACAUCGUAUGAAGCAAAGAAGAUCGAUGAUGCAAUCAAGGCUUUUCUUAGAGAGAAUGGCUUUGAGAUGAGGAAUCUGCAUGGGUUUUUUCUUGAGGAGGAGCCUGAGUUUCCAAUAAAGAAGCUCUUGCUUGCUGUUACUGAGGUGCUUGGCAACAGGGCAAUGAAUUCAAUAUGGAUAUAUGUGUCUUACCACUAUCAUCCGUAUGUGGAUGCAAAGUGGGAGCCUGAGAACGAGAUUCAGCUGCUCAAUCUUGUACGAUCACUUGGAUUCAGAUGGAAGGAAAUAUGUGGGAUAAUGAACAAGAGCUCGAGGAAGUGCAUAAAGAACUACUACCGGAUCAUGGGAUAUGAGUACUUAAGCAGUGCAUCGUUCAAGAUUGAUGAGGAAAACAUUCCCACGACUGAAAGCGAAUGGGAUGAGAUGUGUGGCAAGUUAAGAACGAAUAGGAAAAGGCUGUCUCAUCUGAUAAAUGGAUACAUAUCGCGCAGGCUAAUUGUGCCGUUAUGGAAUGAAUAUAACAACAUGGUUCUGAUGGGAUAUGCGCUUGUUUAUAAUCAUUUCUGCUCUAUGGAGAUAAGACUUGCAGAGCUUCUUGGGAUGAUCAAUAAUAGAUGCUUGGAAGGAAUGAGUAAUGCAGAUAUGUGUAGAGAAGACAUUUCAAAGCAAGUAGAUGGAUAUUUACCAAAUACAAGCAAGUAUGUGCUUGAUGUUGUGAUUGAUGUUGAGGAUGUGUUUUGGAGAAGUAUCAAGAUAUUUAUGAGGUUGCCAUCGCUGCAUUUGAGAUGCAGAUUUAUUCAGAUAAUGAAGAUACAUGGAAUAAGGACGUUUAGCGAUCUGUUUGGUGUUUUUAAGACACUUGCUGUUGAUUGCUAUUUGUACAAGAUCAAGGACAUGCUUAAGGAGGAAGUCGGCAGAAUUAUGAGUCAGAAGGGGCAGGGGAAAUGCAUGAUAAUGAAUAACGACGAGAUGGAGCAUGACAAUAAAUGA